UAUUUAAUUUUGGUAUGGUGCAUUAUGUCAUUUGCUUCCCCAACGUGAAUGGUGCACCUAUGCGUAAAGUUCUUGGUUUGUUGGCAGCAUUAAAGCGGCUGAGUCUUUCACAAUGUACUCAAUCUAUUAUUUUCCUUUUUCAUUUUCUUGGACUGUCGUGCUCUCCAUGUUAAUAUAAAUCUUUUCUUUCUUAUUUGACGAGAACAGCCUAUUCCUUUCCUUAUAGGGCAUUUCAUCAUUCUUUGGAGACUUUUACUAAUUUCCCCGUGUUGCGUCUUACUAGCAGCUGUUAAUUUUGGUGUUUUUCGUUGGUUGAAUGAUAUCUUCAAUAUCUCUAAUCGGGCAUAUAUUUUGAGAAAUUAGACUGUUACUCCAUUGGACUUACUUUAUGGGCCUUGCAGCGUCUAAGUUAUCUAGAAAAUAAACUUCGGAAGCUUUCUUUUCUCCUUUUUAUUUGCUUUUCAUUGUUUGUAUCCUUUUAUAUAGAGCUUCUUCCGUUUCAAUGAAGUCGCGCCGUUUCUUCUGCUCGCCCCUUUUUCAGCUGCCCUUGACACCUACUUUUGUUCUUUCAGUCUUUUCUCCAACAUUUGGCGAGAAUAUGCUGUUUAAGUCCACCUAUGGUAGUUUUCUGAGUGUUCCAUAAUCGAGCGUUUGUUGCACGUAGAAGCAGAAUAUCACCAUGAAGGCCCUUAUUCUCGUAGGAGGUUUUGGAACUCGUCUACGCCCACUUACUCUAAGUUUUCCUAAGCCUCUUGUGGAUUUUGCGAAUAAGCCUAUGAUUCUUCAUCAGAUCGAGGCUCUUAAAGCAGUUGGAGUAACUGAAGUUGUAUUAGCCAUCAACUACCAGCCGGAGGUAAUGCUGAACUUCUUGAAAGAUUUUGAAUCAAAGCUCGGGAUGAAGAUCACUUGUUCACGGGAGACUGAACCACUAGGUACCGCUGGCCCGUUGGCCUUAGCCAGGGAAAAGCUGAUUGAUGAGUCUGGCGAGCCAUUCUUCGUCCUCAACAGCGAUGUUAUCUGUGAGUAUCCACUGAAAGAAAUGAUUGAAUUCCACAAAUCACAUGGUGGCGAGGCAUCCAUUAUGGUCACCAAGGUUGAUGAGCCGUCCAAAUAUGGAGUUGUAGUACUUGACGAUCAAACAGGGAAAGUAGAGAAGUUUGUGGAGAAGCCGAAACUUUUCGUUGGCAACAAGAUCAAUGCUGGAAUCUACCUGCUCAACCCAUCGGUGUUAGAUCGUAUUCAGUUGAGACCCACCUCGAUUGAGAAAGAAGUAUUCCCUAAGAUUGCAGCGGAGAAGAAGCUGUAUGCCAUGGUCUUACCAGGCUUCUGGAUGGACAUCGGGCAGCCAAAAGAUUAUAUCACAGGCCUGAGGCUUUACCUGGACUCCCUUCGUAAGAAAUCCUCUUCUAAACUUGCCUUUGGCUCGCACAUUGUUGGAAACGUUUUAGUUGAUGAGACUGCACGCAUCGGGGAAGGUUGUCUGAUUGGCCCCGACGUGGCCAUCGGACCCGGCUGCGUGGUCGAAUCUGGUGUAAGGCUUUCCCGCUGCACCGUGAUGAGUGGUGCUCGGGUCAAGCAGCAUGCUUGUGUUUCCAGCAGCAUAGUCGGCUGGCAUUCAACCGUUGGCCAGUGGGCACGCAUCGAGAACAUGACCAUAUUGGGAGAGGAUGUGCAUGUCUCUGAUGAGAUCUACAGCAAUGGAGGUGUAGUCCUCCCGCACAAGGAGAUCAAAUCAAACAUUCUGAAGCCGGAGAUCGUGAUGUAGAUUGAUGGGCUGAUUGGUUGGUGCCAUGCCUGGCUGGAAUAAUGAAGACAGCUUAACCGGAGAUGAAAGCUUUCUUGAUUACAGUCGUUCACUCACUUCCGGUAGAUUACCUACCUUUUUCCUUCAUUUGUAAACUAGCAGUAUUUAUGGUUAGAUGAGAGAGAGAAUGAGAUACUUUUUGUUGGAUGUAAAUAAGGUAGUGGGUUUUCUUUUCUUGUUGAACAUAAUGAUGUUGCUGGUUCUUUCAAUUUCUUGUGUGUUUAUGGCGAUCAAUCCAGUAAGUUUUUCCUUUUCAA